AUGGACGACCUCAAACGCGCCAUCUAUUCCGCCUCCUCUGCAACGCUGAGGUCAACAUUGGAAAUCGUCUGCACAAAGGAUCCGACUUUUCGACAGAAACUCGCCGAUCUGCUACUUGUCAGCGAAGACCAAGUUCCGGACGUGCCGUCCGAUGUACCACCGUCUGAUUAUGAAUCGUCUGAGGAAGAACCGUCAGAUGAGGAAUCGUCUGCUCAAGACGCCGCCCGUAAACAACCCCCAAGAUCAGAAAACCCAAAUGGUCCGCAACAAGUCGCCGGGUCCAAGAGAUCAAUGCCACGCUACGCGACCUGCACGAACUGUAAGGAGGAAUUUGAUGUCACCGAGAACACAAGGAAGAGCUGCGUUUAUCAUCCCGAUUGCGGUUAUCCCGACGAGGACGACUUCUUCGUUGAUCACGAUGAGAAUUGCCAUGGCCCAAUGGACACGGAAGAAAACCGUAUGGCAUAUCCCGAAGGAUUUAUCUAUGAAUGCUGCAACGGAAACGGCAAAGAGCCUUGUACUACAGAUUGGCACCGGGAGGCGGAGCCCAUGAAGCGGCGCCGGGCUCAAUGA